AUGGUCACACUGACAUUCAAAAUGAUGAACAACGAAGCUAAGUAUGAAGCGUUGAUAGCGGGUUUGUCUGUGGCCACCCAGAUCGGGGCAACCGAGGUAGACGCCAGGUCAGAUUCACAAGUAGUAGUAAAUCAAGUUUUGGGUGUGUACGCUGCAAAGGUCAAAAAGUUAAAGAAACAUCUUGCACGAGUUUGGGAAAUACGCAAUCUCUUCUCAUACUUUGCCAUCACUCAGAUACCAAGGGCGAACAACGAGAUCGUGGACAGAUUGGCACGAGCGGCAUUAGGAGGGGAGGAAGUACCCCUACCAUGGCCAGUCGAGAGAAGGGUCAUCGAGGUCCCAGAUUGGGCAAACAGUAUAGUGGAGUACUUGGAUGAAGGAAAAUUUCCAGAAGCAAGAGAAGAGGCAAGAAAGAUAAAGAAAAGGGCGGUUAGGUUCCUACUCAUCGAUGGGAUCCUUUAUAAAAGAGGUUUCUCUAUUCCUUUACUGCAAUGCAUGUCUGCACAAGAGGCAUAUGGGGAAAGAAUCUUAGCUAGGAAAGCGGCUCGGGUAGGAUAUUACUGGCCUAAUGCUCUAAGGGAUGCGCGGGAGUUCACCAAGAGGUGUGCAAAAUGCCAAAAUUAUGCACCUACAUCGCAUGCCCCUCUGGAGGAAUUAGCAUCAAUAACAGCAUCAUGGCCAUUCACCCAGUGGGGGGUGGAUUUGGUGGGAUCCUUCCCUCCAGGAGAAGGUGAUGUUAAGUUCAUGAUAGUCGCUGUCAACUAUUUUACAAAAUGGGCAAAAGCAGAGCAGUUAGCAACAAUCACAGGCAAGGCCGUGACAAAAUUCUUGUGGAAGAAUGUUGUCUGCAGGUUUGGGAUUCCCCACAGUAUUAUAACCGAUAAUGGGCGCAAGUUCGACUCAGAUCACUACAGAGAAUGGUGCGCGGAGUUAAGGAUCAAGGCAAAGUACUCCUCCCCAGGCCACCCCCAAGCAAAUGGUCAAGCUGAGGUGACAAAUAAGGCAUUACUAUCAAUCCUCAAGAAAAAGGUCGCGGAGAAAAAAGGGGAUUGGGCAGACGAGCUACCAAGGGUACUCUAG